AUGGCCAUGGGGGGGCCGCAUCCCUUCCUCCACCCUGCACCGGGACAGGAGGUGGGAGGAGCUCCCAGGCUCUCCGAGCUCAGGCCCUGGCUGAGCGGAGGGCCGGCGGGGACAGCAGGAGGCGGCGGUAGUGCCGGGGGAGGAGGCGGGGCGGAGAAAGGAGGCAGGGUGAGAUGUUCCCGCAGAGUCUGGGUUCUCCUCGGGUCGCUGACUCUCAUCUUUCUGACCUCGCUCUUCUUCUCCGUCUCGCUCCGUGGGGGCGUCGGCUUCAACUACUUGGAGCCACCGGGAUGGGAGGAGUCGAGGCGGGUGAAGCUGGUGCCCAGCUACGUCGGUGCACACAGGUUAUCACCACCUGACAGCCAACAGCAAAAGACAUGUGCCUGUCCACGCUGUGUCGGAGACCCCGGUGUCUCUGAUUGGUUCGAUGAGAACUACGACCCGGAUAUCUCACCUGUGUGGACCAGAGACAAUGUGCAGCUGCCUUCUGAUGUCUACUACUGGUGGGUGAUGCUGCAGCCCCAGUUUAAACCCCACAGCAUCCAGCAGGUGCUGCUGAGGCUGUUCCAGGUAAUUCCUGGAAGGUCGCCAUAUGGCUCCUGGGAUCCUGGACGCUGCCUGCGCUGCGCCGUCGUCGGGAACUCCGGGAACCUCCGCGGGGCCGGAUACGGGGCGACCAUUGACGGACACAACUACAUCAUGAGGAUUAACCUGGCCCCCACGGUGGGCUACGAAGAAGACGCCGGCAGCCACACCACUCACCACUUCAUGUAUCCGGAGAGCGCCAAGAACCUGGCGGCCAACGUCAGCUUUGUCCUGGUUCCCUUCAAAACUUUGGAUCUCGUCUGGAUCACCAGUGCUCUGUCCACCGGCCAGAUUCGAUUUACAUACGCUCCAGUGAAGCAGUUCCUCCGUGUAGAUAAAGACAAGGUCCAGGUCUUCAACCCAGCUUUCUUUAAAUACAUCCACGACCACUGGACCAGACAUCAUGGGCGCUACCCCUCCACUGGCAUGCUGGUCCUGUUCUUCGCCCUGCAUGUCUGUGAUGAGGUGAACGUGUUUGGAUUCGGGGCGGACAGUCGGGGAAACUGGCACCACUACUGGGAGCAGAACCGCUACUCCGGAGAGUUCAGGAAGACCGGCGUCCACGAUGCGGACUAUGAAGCCCAGAUCAUCCAACGGCUGGCAAAGGCCGGCAAAAUCACUGUAUUCCCGGGGAAAUAAGCAGCAUAGCUCCGUGUGUAUGUAAUGUUCCAACACUGGUACGGCAACAGACCCUGAAGAAGCUGCUUACAAUGUGUUAGAUACGACCUUUCACCUACCUGCACCACUUUGGGUUCCCGGCUUUCAGAAGGUGAAAUGGUACCAAAUAACACCAUUCCAUUCACUUUCUGUUAUAUUUGAGUGGUUUGUAAGCCAGUUGAGGCUCUGAUUUGUGAACACAGCAUAGACUCUUAGAAAACCAGGAAAAAGAUACAUCCAGACCCAAAUGUAGUUCUGCUCACUUAGGACUGGCCUAAAAGUGGGGGAUGAGCCUUAAAUUUGAGGACUUAACUCUCUUGGACAGUGCAGGAUUGGAAGACAAGUCAACAUAUCUUUUCCAAGGGCAGCUCAAGAUAAAACAGAGGGCUGGACUGCAGGAAAUCUGAACAAAUCGAUGUGAAUACCAACUUGGAGCUGGAGAGAGGAAGAUCUCAGAUGCACAUGUCCCACUUCUGGACUCAGUCCAGUGGAAAUGUCCAGUUCAGAUGAGUAUCUAAUCCUCGUACAGAUGCUACGCACCGAAAGUCCCACUGAAACAGCACCAUCGGCAUCUAGACUAUUGCUUUGUAGCCGUGUAGUGUCUGACAGUGACACUACAUACAGUGAGUUUGUAAAAUUGGACACUGUACUAUUUAGACUACGGACAGAAUCUGUGGGACUAUCAGACGCCAUUGCGCUGUUCUUCAGUUUGAGAUUGGAGGACUUAUGUUCCACCUCUUACAGAACCCCAGGCCAUGUCUACCUGGAGAAUAAAUUGAUCUUCUUAUACGAGGCAAAACCUCAUGCGCCACUUUCCGCCCUCAUAACUCCACUUUGUGAGUUCUGCCACACAAGACGGCGUUACGAGCACCUAGUCGGGCUGUGAAACGGUUGGUAAAAAAAGGCGGUAGGUGAUUGCUAUGAGUUUGUGUCGCAUGACUUUCCUCUAAAGCCCCCUCCCCCGGGUCUUUAACAAGCUUAGCAAGGCCUCGACACCUUGCAGCAGACUCACAGAAACAUGAGCCAGACAUUCGCCUCUUGGCCAUUUCUGACUCAGAACGAUCAGUGCAGCACAAGCAUGAGCUUCAGCUUCUGCAGAGCCAGUCAGCCGGCUUUUGAACACCACAGCGACCACAGGGCCCGCCACAGUCUGUGUUCACAUCCAGACGCUGGGAGAAAUGUUCUGGAGGAGCGCUGGUUUGAUUGCACGAGACUCUAAUGAGGCCAAAAGUCCAUCUCCUGGGAUUUCAUGUUUGGAUGGAGGCACGCUGGUUUCUGGACCGGAGUUUAAUCCCCAUGUGGUCUGUCAGGGGCUAUUUCGGGAGGGGAGAACUCGAGACAGAGAUCUUUGGGGUUUUCGAACCAGGCUGACAAAGCCAGUGUGAGAAACAUAUAAUUUGCCCCGGAAUUUUUAAGGAAGAAAGAGAAAAGAAGUUGUUUUGCUAUUGUUGAUUUGCAGUAAACUGACUCUUCUGUGCAAACUGUACUGGGUCGACCACUCUGGUUUUGAAAGGACUGAGACAUGAAGGGAACCUCGCUCUGCUUCUUUUCCCUCACAGACCGACAGCUACAGCCUGACACCUGUAUCCCAGCAGGGUUACACACUGUCAGGAGCAUUUUGCCCCAUAUUAUGAAAGAAAGCCCCACUGGAUCAGCAGCUCGGCUUCAUUAACCACUUGCCCCGCUCCCCGCUCGGCCAAUUCAGACUUCAGCUACGUCUGGAGGGGGUGGAGCCACCGAACGCCUUAGACUUUAUCUUCCAUAAAAUGCACUUCCUGUUUCUGAUUUUCAUGAUGAUGGAGUUUCCCCACUGCAGGCUGCAGAUUGCAUUUGUUAGUUUUAUGUACUGUUUAUCUUUAAGUUUACACUUUGGCUGGAUUUAUGCUGUUGACUCAGAUUAGAUUUUCUUUUCCACCCAGGUGGCACAGUGAUGUUUUAUGUCAUAAAGUAAUACACACAUACACAUUUAUAGCCUCCAAACAAAUACGAGUCAUGGAAAUGCUGCUAGACUGUAUUGGAAAACAUAAACACCAGUGGAAAAACAGAAAAUGUGUGCCACAGAGAGGAAGGAAAAACAAAAGUAUUUAGUUUGAGCCGAGGCUGUAAAUCCAUCCAAAGACGUGUUUAUCAAGAAGCAGCUGGUGGCUGACGUGGAAGUUUGCUCAAGGUUCCUAUGCAGAUCUGAAAAAUAUGGAGCGGUGGCAAUUCAAGGAAUCCUCGAGGUGCGAUAAGUAUUUGUUAUUAAUGUUGAAUAUUCACGGCUCAAUACCCAACACAUAAAAUUAAAGGCACCCUCUGGAGUUUUUAACCACUGCUAGCAAUGUGGGUUUGUUAUGUUCCCGUUUUGUCUGUUCUUAUUCACGCGCACAAGAACACAAAUGUGAUACUCAUUCCUGCCUCUAUUCAACUGAUCGCUUAGGCCAAGAAAUCUAUUGCAGAGAAAUGCGACAGUGUGGCGGGGAAGAAGUUGCAAGUAAACGUAGACGUAAAUCAUGCAGGAUUUAAAGUUUCAAAAGCUCUUUAGCUUCCCACCCCGAGCAUGACAUCAGAGGAGAAUGGCGGCCAUGUGAAUAUGGUCCACUGCUGAUACUUGCGACUUGUCACCUUUUUAACCAACUGACCCCGCCCACUUCAAACAAGACUGAAGAGCAGACUGAAUAAUAAAAAGAAUAAAAAGCAGAACAUUUCUCAAUUGUUAAAAACAAAACUGCUGUAACUUUGUCAGGAAACUGUUUCAUGUGGGAUCCUCUGACUCACAGGGGGAAGCAGUGAGUUUGAAACUAUUAGGAGGAUGCUGCUUACAGCUGAAAGUUUAGCAGAGCUUGUUUUUUUCCUUAGAGGGAAAGUUGGUGUAUUGUUUGUGACUCAUAAUGUGCUAUGCUGUGAGCCAAAAUUAAAAAAAAAAAAAAAAAAAAAGAACUCCGCCACCUUCUAAAUGGUAAAGAAAGAUGAAUUUGUGUGAAGAGGCUGUGUAGGAACCGCGAGUGCAGGCUGCUGCAGCAGAUGGCACCUUUAUAUGAAAUAACGGCUGUGUACGUGUGAGAGCAGAACCUCGGUCUGCUGUUUAACGGUGAGGGAUUUAACCACAUGACAUUAUGAAGUGUUUCAUUUUUUUGACAUGCACUUGCUGAGAACGGUUCAAGGUAGACACUGCAGGCAAUGUGAAGAACUGUGCCUCCUUUCCUUAUAUCACUUCUGUUGGUGUAUUAUUGUGUUAUCUUUGGAUGAUGUCGUGUAAUCAAGUGUGACUCUCAUGCAUCGAUCAUUGUUCUUUAUCUGCCGUCAGUGUUUUUACCCUACUUUGCACAUAACAGUUUUACUGGAUGCUUUAGUGUUGAGCUGGGCUCAUUUUAAGGGUCAGUGCAGCUGAAUUUGGACAUAUUGUUUGUGUUUCCUCUGGCUUUGUCACACACACACACACACACACACACACACACACACACACACACACACACACACACACACACAUUCAUGCUUUCGUGCCUUGUCCUGCUGCUGGACUUCUCUUGCUUACAGCUGCUCCAUUGGCAACUCACACCUGCUACCUUUUGCAUUUUUUUCAGCCUCACACACACAGACACACACUUCUUCUGGCUGAGAGCUGUGCCUUCUGAGCUGUGCAUACACACACACACAUACACACACACACUUGCAUGAAAACACACACUCUGCCUUCUGCUCGGGGUACAGACGCCUCACGCUCUUCUCUUCUUAAUGCUUUGUACACUGAUAUUGUUUUUAAAAGAGCGCUGGAGGCUAAAGCUGGGGAUGUGAACUGAUGCAGUGUGACUCGCUGUGAAUUCAUAUAAGGCUACUUUUUUUCCUUUUUCUUUUUUUCUUUACAUAUAGCGUACACUUUUGAGGCUUUGCAAGAUAACAUAGGAGCAGCAGACACAGAGGGUCACCUGCUGGAUUCAAGCCCACAUAGUCGCAGGCACCUGUUUUAUCUUCAGCAGAUAGUGAGGCCGACUUAGCAGCUUAAGAUUUGGACAUAUCAGCUACAGCGCUCGUGUUGUUAUCAAUGUUUUGUUUCCCUCCAACUUCAAAAUGAAUGUGUAAAUUGUUUUUGGAGAUGUACUUCACUUCUCUGACAGGAGAAUCACACAUUCCUCGCACCUGCAGCAGGUAGAGGAGUCGUGUACAGUCUGCUGUGCCCGCCGCUGCUCCGGCGUGGAAACUGUUCUCAGCCUCUGCAGUUUCUCACAGCUGUAAACCAGAACACUGAGAUCAGAUAGACGGAGGGGCAGGGUGAUCCCUCUCUGCUGUGCCAGCCUGAAUUAGAAUUGAUGUUUUUUUUGGUUUUUUUUUCCCCCCCAGCCUACAGUACAUGACACAGUUCAGAGAGUGUUCCCUGUAGCAUUUCCAGCCCUAAAGUAGGUCUUUUCUCCCGUCACUGACCCAAUACACCGGUUCUUUUGUUCCUCCGGAGUUGAUUCCUAAAAUAACUGAGAGAAGCACCAGUUUUCAGGUCGCGCCAGUCGAGAGCAUUUUUGCAGCGAUGUGGUUUUUGAUUUCCCAGAGAGCAGGGUGUUUUUCUCAGGUGAAAUCUGAAUGUGUGAGAACGGUGACGGCAAACGGUCAGGUGAAGCGCCGUCGCAACUCUAACUGGACUGACUUCUGUUGAUUUAUUGAGAUUCCAGGCCAAACUAUCCAAAACAUCCCUUGGUCUGUUUUGCUGUACAGGUUCCCCUCUCAUCCUGGACUAUUUUUACACCGUUUUUUUUUUUUUUUUUGUCUCACACACUAUGUGCUGAGGCACAUUUCAAUAAAAGCCACACACAGACACCCAAUUACUGUUUGCCUGAAAACGUGUUACGGCUGCACGAAGCAGCAGACACAAACAACUGGAUAGAAAAAGAGACACAUUAGGUUCAUUAUAUUUAAUUCUUGCAGGGUAAUUACACAGAAUGAGCACAGAAACGAGCUCAGUCUGACAGCACACCUGUUCAGCUCAGACAGUCCAUGUGUCUGUGGCAGAGAGAGAAUACGCCUCGGCUUUAAAGGAAUAAUUUGACAGUAAGAUCAAUACAGCGGCUCAGUUGGAGUUGUUUGGUGUAAGACAGGACAAGAUUGAUACCACACAUGCAUUCAUAUCUGUGUUUUAGAUGCAGGUUCACAGCUGCCAGGAGACAUGUAGCUUAGCAUAAAGACCAACAACUGGGGGGGAAGCAGCCAGCCAGCUAAUCUGUCCAAGGCUAACUGCUCCUGCCAAGACAUAGUCAUAACCUGCAUCAAAGCUAGAAAUUGCUUUUACAGUUCUGUUCUUGACAAGACUUUAAACUGAGCUGUUGUGGAGGGGUUUGUAGUUAAAGGUGCAAUAUGUGAGAACUGGCCAGUUGUUAAAGUCAUACUCCAAAAUGUAGGGGACAGAAGCUAAGUGCUGUUAACUGUAGCUGCUAUUAGCUAGUUAUCUCAGUUAGCCGUGCAGCUAGUGGUCCAGACAGGGAGCAUGUUGGUGUUCACACUGCUAGCACAGGAGCUUUGGACCAGGGCUAGCUGCAUGCUAACUUCUGAAGGCAUCUCUGCAGCACAGUACGUACAUGACAUAUAGUGUUAAAACUGUUAUUCCUUCACAUUCUUUUAAGAGUUGAUAACCUGGUAAAUGUUUUCAAGUACAAUUCUUGCACCUUUAAAAUAAGCUAGGCUAGCUGUUUCCAGUGUCAGCUGAGUUAACCCACACUUAGUUGUCACUCCUUGAUCACUGUACAACUACUAAAGUGGUAUCAAUCUUCUCAUCGAACUCUGCAGGAAAGCAAAAUGGCAUUUUCCCCAUAAUGUCAAACAUCAUACUUGCUACUUUCUGUCCUGUAUCUGUAGAGCUUUAGGCUUUUUGACUCAGAAGUAUUAAUCUGAACCUCAUUGUCGAACCAGAGCUAACACAAAAUCAGAAAAAUUGGACUGACAGGGAAUACAACAAUCUCGACAGUGUCUCCAGCCGGAACACGAGAGAAUCUGUGCCAGAGAGAAAUAAAUCACAGCUCUUACGGCUUGAAAAACACUUUAAUACCAUUCACACCUCCUCAACCUGUUUCUUUCUAGUAGCUAUAGAUUACGGUGGCUGCAGCUCCGUGUCGCUCCGAGGCAAUGGAGAAUAAGCUUUCUGUAGCAGGAACAGAAAUAUGACUGACUGUUAGAGAGAGCUCUGAGGAACAAAUACAUCCUGAUCAAAACACUGGCUGCCCAGGCAGCUGGCACGGUGACACCGCUCGUGACUGCUGCCAGCUCGCUGUGGUGUUUGAGGCUGAGGUGAGGAAGCCUCGGGCAGCUCGCCUCUCAUCACUUCACCGGUCUGCAGUGAACAGAAACAGCUCUUUAGCAGCAGACACUGAGCCGCAGACCGCACAUAUCAGACUGUCUCUGUGGUUUGUAACUCUAACACUCAUACCUCUGUCAGCUGGUGUGCUAGCACCCUGCAAUCAAGUAUGAAGUAUCAAGUAGGAUUAAAGGCUGCCUCCUGAAUGCAUCUGCCGUAACAGCGAACAUACAGGUGGCUCACAUGAAGCGCACUGCGGGAAGUUAGAGUUUCAUGUCUCGGCGAGGAAAGGCGAAUCUUUGCAUAUGGCCACGUUUCCUGCUGUCUGUCGUCAUCCAGUCACUCUUUAAAUUCUCGUCUUCAGUGGGACUGCCUGUCCGCCAAGGUAGGAUAUGUGUAUUUACUACAUCAAAACAUAUGUAUGAUAUGUGAUCAGACUCUUUGUAUCUUAUGCUGUUGUACAAAUAAAAGCAUCAUGAAACAUGA